CGGUCAAACUUUGGUCUGGUUCUGGCACCGGUAUGUUCUGUAACGACGUCUGCACUGACUCGAUCUCGGAGCUGCGAGUCGACGAAAUUUGGGAUUUUUCAUGAAUUAGAUUCCCAUUUCUAUUACACUUGAUUCCUCAACACAAGCUAUGGCACUUCGAUUACUAAGCAGGAGGACGCUUGGGAGCAGGAUUUUGAGCUACCGUGCCUCGCUUCAUUCUCAUGCCACAAGUUUUGGGUUUCAACAAGUAAAGGAAGAAGAGAAAAGCAAGUUGGUUGGCAACGUUUUCACCAAUGUAGCUUCCAGUUAUGAUAUUAUGAAUGAUGUCAUGAGCGCUGGCUUGCAUAGGCUAUGGAAGGAAAGACUCGUUGGGAAGCUUAGCCCAUUCGCAGGGAUGAAGCAUCUUGAUGUAGCCGGUGGAACAGGUGAUGUUGCGUUUAGGAUCUUUGAUGCUGUUAACAGUGUCAAACGAAGAGCGUUGCGGAAAGUUGACGAGGCUUCACUCGAAGAAACUCAGAUCUACGUGUGUGACAUUAAUCCCAACAUGUUGAACGUUGGGAAACAACGUGCUGCUGACAGAGGUUUAAGAGACAACAAGUCACUCGUAUGGGUCGAAGGAGAUGCAGAGGCCUUGAGUUUCGAUGACAAUUCAAUGGAUGGAUACACUAUUGCAUUUGGAAUAAGGAAUGUCACACACAUCGAAAAGGCUCUCGCAGAGGCUUAUAGGGUACUAAAACGAGGAGGGAGAUUCUUGUGCCUUGAGCUCAGCCAUGUAGACAUUCCAGUCUUCAAAGAACUAUACGAUUUGUAUUCGUUCCAGGUAAUUCCUAACUUAGGGGAACUAAUUGCCGGUGACCGGGAUUCUUACCAGUACUUGGUUGAGAGUGUUCGUCGGUUUCCUCCUCAGGAGCGGUUUGCAAAGAUGAUAGGGGAUGCAGGAUUUGAGAAGGUAGAGUACGAGAACCUUGUUGGUGGAGUUGUCGCCAUCCACUCUGCCAUAAAGCUCUGACCUUUCUCUCAUUUCUUUUGCUUGUCCAUUUUCUCUGUUUCAAAACCCCAAACUGUAAAA